UGUGAUUUGCACAGGGAUGGUUCUGCUCAGGUGGACUUUAACCCGCACGUACCUUACGUCCAUCGGCAAGACUUAUUCCAACUCCUUACGUUCUGCUAUUCCAAGUUCACAAAGAGGAAUCGCCUUCACCAUGGCCAAGAGUUACUCCAGUCUGCUGAAGGACCAGGCGUAUGUGGGAGGGCAGUGGGUGUCUGCAGCGAGCGGGGAAACAUUCCAAGUUACCAACCCAUCGAGUGGUGAGGUCCUGGGUUCUGUUCCUGACAUGAACGCAGGAGACGCCACCAAGGCCAUCAAGAUAGCAUACGAUGCAUUCCAAACUUGGAGGGAGACAACAGCAAAGGAGCGAAGCCUUCUGCUGAGGCGCUGGUUUGAGCUGAUUGUGGAGAAGAAAGACACCCUGGCUGAACUACUGACUGUGGAAAAUGGCAAACCAGUGGCAGAGUCCCUGGGGGAGGUCAACUACGCCGCGGUGUUCCUGGAGUGGUUUGCAGAGGAAGCUCGCCGGACGUAUGGAGACACGAUCCCGGCGCCGGCCAAGAGUAAGAGAAUCGUGGUGGUGCACCAACCUGUGGGAGUGGCUUCUAUGAUCACACCGUGGAACUUCCCGUACGCGAUGGUCACCAGGAAGGCGGGCGCCGCGUUAGCCGCGGGUUGUACCGUCGUGCUGAAGCCCUCGGAGGAAACCCCGCUCACGACCCUCGCCAUCGUGGACCUGGCGCACCAGGCAGGGAUCCCCGCCGGGGUCUUCAACGUGGUGACCUGCUCUCGUAAGAACGUGGAGGCGGUCGGGAAAACGUUGUGCACCGAUCCGCUGGUCGCUAAAAUCUCCUUCACUGGGUCUACAGCUGUGGGGAAGGUGUUGUUGAAAUGGGGUGCAGACACUGUGAAGAAGGCCUCCAUGGAGCUGGGAGGCCACGCCCCUUUUGUCGUGUUCGACAGCGCGGAUGUAGACGCUGCCGUUCAGGGGGCCAUGGUGUCCAAGUUCAGGUACAUGGGACAGACUUGUGUGUGUGCCAACCGGUUCCUUGUACAAGAGGGAGUGUACGAUGCCUUCUGCGCCAAGCUGGAAGCAGCCAUGGCAGCACAGCUGAAGGUGGGAGACGGACUGGACAAGGGGAACACACAGGGUCCUCUCAUCAACACUAAGGCUGUAGAGAAGGUAGGGACUAACACACAGGGUCCUCUCAUCAACACUAAGGCUGUAGAGAAGGUAGGGACUAACACACAGGGUCCUCUCAUCAACACUAAGGCUGUAGAGAAGGUAGGGACUAACACACAGGGUCCUCUCAUCAACACUAAAGCUGUGGAGAAGGUAGGGACUUACACACAGGGUCCUCUCAUCAACACUAAGGCUGUAGAGAAGGUAGGGACUAACACACAGGGUCCUCUCAUCAACACUAAGGCUGUGGAGAAGGUGGAAGCCCAGAUCUUGGAUGCGGUGUCGAAGGGCGCCACCGUGAUGACGGGAGGGAAGCGCCACGCCCUGGGGGGAACGUUCUUCGAGCCCACCCUGCUGAAGGGGGUCACCACUGACAUGCUGUGUACACAACAGGAGACCUUUGGGCCGGUCGCACCGGUCAUCAAGUUCAAGACAGAAGAAGAGGCCGUCACCAUCGCAAACUCCGCUAGAGUGGGAUUGGCCGGUUACUUCUUCUCCAACAACAUCGGUCAGAUCUGGCGCGUAGCGGAGCGUAUGGAGGUCGGGAUGGUGGGCGUGAACGAGGGUCUCGUGUCCAUGGUGGAGGCGCCGUUUGGAGGAGUGAAGGAGUCUGGGAUAGGUGUGGAGGGAUCCAAAUAUGGUAUCCACGAGUACCUGAAUGUCAAGUAUAUCUGUUUUGGUGGUGUUUAAAAUGACGAGAUGACGAAAUGAUGAGAUGAGGAAAUCUGUGUUCUAGCACCUUAAUUCCGCCUGGUACCCCAAGACUCAGACACAUUUAAAGUGUUUAUAAACACCGAAAUACAAUAUUUUCUCAUUUUCGUACACUGUAAGUGUAACGAGAAUUAGUAUCAUUUCAUGAACAUAAACGUUUAUACAGAGUACACACAAUUCUGAUGAUAUUG